GCCCCGCCACGCCGGGAUCCCAACGACGUCGAUUGAACUCCGGUACCUCACACCACCCACACGACAUCACAGGGCACUACUCUACUUCGACAGCUUUACAUAUAAAGCUCACCGGCAACCCUCCGAAACCUGAGGUGACGCAACAUCCCCGAAUUGGACCUUAUAACGAUCCGAACGGAACGAAGUUGAAGGGCGAACAUAACCAAUUCGCCGCGCCUCUGCCUCGCCGUUCUCGACAAAACUUUGUAUACCCUUGCCGAUUCCUUCCAAGUCAUCACUGCAGAGGCUCAGCAAGACGAUCAAUAAUCACAAAUAACUGGGGUCUACACGGUCAAUUAAGGGGACAAGUUUAUAAACCGGGCUUCGCAACGGAUUACCAAGACGAUUGAGUCUAGUACGUUUCAUCUUUAUCAUCAAUCACCCAGCAGACGGUCUCUCGCCGUUCUUCUUGAGAACUUAGUAGACUUCAUCUACCACAUCACGCUCAAACUGCACAGCCACCAUCAACGUGAUUACGCAAACCAACCGGAAGAGCGUCAAAACUAAAACCAGGGCAUCAUCUUUCCAUCACCUUCACCACCAGAAACUUCAGACGAAAACACCUACAAAAUGAUGUCCCAAAUCCCCGGCGAGACCCCACCACCCAACCUGGCCACUCUGGCCGAGGACCACUACUUCUCUGCCAACCCGCCGCCCAAGGACCUUGAGAAGCACGUGAAGCAGGCCAAGGACUUUAUCGAUUUCCAUGCAAAAGAGGGGCGGAGGUUGGUGCUGAUUACCAGUGGUGGAACUACUGUGCCGCUUGAAAAGCAGACUGUGCGCUUCAUUGACAACUUCUCAGCUGGUACUCGCGGAGCUACAUCCGCCGAAUACUUCCUCGAAGCCGGCUACGCCGUCCUCUUUCUUCACCGACAAUUCUCCCUCCUGCCCUUCUCGCGCCACUACUCGCACGCAAAGGAUUGCUUCCUCGAUUUUCUUCGCGAAGGGCCCGACGGCUCUGUCGUUGCCCGCGACAAGGACGCCAGCAAAAUGCUCCAAGUCCUUCGCAAGUACCAUGACGCCCGCGACAACAACAUGCUGCUGGCCAUCCCCUUCCUCAGCAUCUCGGACUAUCUGCACGAGCUGAGGUCCAUCGCCCAGCUGAUGAAGCCGCUCGGCCCCAACGCUCUCUUGUAUCUCGCGGCCGCCGUUAGCGACUUUUUCGUGCCGCCAGACCGCAUGUCGGAGCACAAGAUCCAGAGCACGGACGCGGCGGAUCUGAAGAAGAAAUUGUCAUCUUCUACUGCCACAUCAUCUGCUGCGCCCAGUGCGAACCCUAGUGCCAGAGCUACGCCUGCCUCUGGUGGCUCUGUUGGAUCUAGGAACGGAUCGGGAGGGACGGGAGUGGUGGAUGAAGAGACCUUUGACAACUUUGAUUCUUCCCCCACCGUGCCUAGGAGUAAGCGGUUGGUGGUCGAUCUUGAUCCCGUGCCCAAGUUCCUCAAGAACUUGGUGGAGGGAUGGUCGCCUGAGGGCAUGAUUGUCUCGUUCAAGCUGGAGACGGAUCCAAGCAUCUUGACGCUGAAGGCCAAGUACUCGCUGAAUAGGUAUCAGCAUCAUUUGGUUAUUGGAAAUUUGCUCUCCACCCGCAAAUGGGAAGUAGUCUUUGUAGCACCCAACCGCAAAGACAGGUGGAUCCGCGUCCCCAUGCACCGUCGUGUCGGCGGCUCUUCUUCUACUUCUACUUCUUCCGGCAACCCAGCAGCAGCAGUAACAACAACAACAACAACGACAACAGACAAGGACGAACCGCUCGACCCCAAGUCUCUCCCCGAAGGCGAACCGGAAAUCGAGAUUGAGAGCUUGAUCAUCCCGGCUGUCAAGGAUUUGCAUAGUGAGUAUAUUGAUACGUUUGAGCGCGAGAGGAGGGGGAGGAGUGGUACGCCUGCCUAGUGCUUGAAGGCGGGGGGUGUUUGAGGGAAUGAGUGGAGGGAGUGGGUGGAGGAUGAAAGUGGUAUGUUUGUAGUAUAGUCGUGGUAUAGUCAUGGUAUGAUUCAAUGUCACGGGAGGACAUGGGCAGGAACAUACCUCGGAUGCAAAGCAGAGAGCGGUAUGAUGUACGCAUACAGUCAGUUAGUCAUAUAUCGGAAAUGCGGUUAAUCAAAAAUCUUGGAAAGGGAAA